CGCCCACUUCGCCACUCGGACACUGCUCGGCCGGUCGGCCCGGAUCGGUCGCACGGACACGCCCCGCGCGUCGCGGGCUCUCACCUCUCUCCUCCUCCUCUGCCUGAUUGGCGUGCCCCCAUGCGGAUGCGGUGGCUCCGACCCAGCUAGCCCCCAGGCUGGGGCUGCGCCCGCGGCGGCGAUGAAGCGGCCGCUGCGGCGCUCCUUCGCGGUGCUCAUCUUCGUCGGGCUCGUCGGCGCGGCCUCCUUCUCCACCGCGCUCCGUCGCGCCGUGGCGCCCGCGCCCGCGCAGGAGCCCCCGCCGCUCGACCCGGCGCGCCUCAACGCCACGCUGCUCCGCCUGGCCGCAGCCGAUCCGUCGGAGGCGUCGCUGCGCCGGGACGUGGACGGACUCCUCGAGGGCCGCCUCCCGGCCUCCGCGGCGCGGGCCCGCGCGUGGCGCCGCGACCGCCUCCUCCACCCGCUCCACCUCCACCGCCACCGCAGCUUCCCGCUCCCGCGCCGCGGCCGCUACCCGGACGACGACCACGACAUCCUGCUCCACCCGCUCCCGCGCCACGAGCAGCUCCACAUCGACCCCGCCCUGCGCCGCGACCUCCGCUCCUGGCACCGCCUCCGCCGCUACGACCCUGCCGUCCUCGCCACCCUCCCCUCCCUGCUCUCCAUCCCCGGGCGCAUCCCCUCCUGCGCCGUCGUCGGCAACAGUGGCAUCCUCCUGCGCGCGAACCAUGGAGCCCUCAUCGAUUCCCACGCAGCCGUGUUCCGCCUCAACAACGCCCGCGUCUCAGGCUACGCCGCGCACGUCGGCAGCAAGACCAACUUCUCCUUCAUCAACAGCAACGUUCUUCACCUCUGCGCGCGCCGGCCCGGGUGCUUCUGCCACCCUUACGGCCACGGCGUCCCCAUCCUGCUCUAUAUCUGCCAGGCCGCCCAUUUCGUCGACGUCGCCGCCUGCAACGCCACCUCGUCCUCCCGCCACGGCUCCCCCAUCUCCGUCACCGACGCCCGCCUCGACGUCCUCUGCGCGCGCAUCGUCAAGUACUACUCCCUCCGCCGAUUCGUCGCCGAGACCGGCCGCGCGCCCGAGGAAUGGGACCGCGCGCACGACGCCGCCAUGUUCCAUUACUCGUCCGGGAUGCAAGCCAUCAUGGUCGCCGUGGGAGUGUGCGACAGAGUCAGCGUGUUCGGCUUCGGCAAGUCUUCCGACGCCAAGCACCAUUACCACAGCAACCAAAAGGCGGAGCUAGACCUCCACGACUACGAUGCGGAGUACGCCUUCUACCACGACCUCUCCGAGCAACCGCAGGUAGUCCCGUUCCUCAAGGAUUCCGGGUUCGCCGUCCCGCCCGUCGUCUUCUACCAUUAGGCCAGCUUCGAGAGCGCGCGCCAUGUGCUCGACGUUAUGUGGAACGGCUGUUUUCCUCGCUUAUUUUUCCGGUUUUGAUUAGUGGGUACGACAUAGUAAAAUGGGGAUAUCGAGAUAGUAAAAUUUUCGUGCUGUUGGAGUUGGAAGGUGUAUAUUGGGGUUUAGGCUACUCCACUGGUAUAGAAGAAGGGAUUGUUUGCCCUUUUGAUUUCAGCACGACAGUAGGCAGUGCCUGGAAUUGUAACUUCAGACUGAUAUUUUAAUUUAUUAAGAAACAGAAUGUAUAUCUUACCAUCA